CCACUAUUCUUACUACCAGUAGAAAAUCAUUGCUUACUGUAAUAAAAGUCAUUUGAUAGUUAAUACUGAAUAAAUAAUAUUUUUUCAUUAAUCAGUGCAGUUUGUGUAUAAUUUAUAAAGAGAAAUUAAGCUUAUUAACUUAUUAAAAAAUAAAAAAUGGCUCCCGUCGAUUCUAGUGGACAGUAUGAUUUUGAUCUCUUAGUAUUGGGUGGCGGUUCAGGUGGUUUGGCCUGUGCUAAAGAAGCAACCAAUUUUGGAAAAAAAGUUGUAGUUCUUGAUUUUGUUCUUCCAUCGCAACGAGGAACUACUUGGGGAAUUGGUGGAACCUGUGUUAAUGUUGGAUGUAUUCCUAAGAAACUUAUGCACCAAGCUGCUCUUCUAGGAGAAUCUAUUCAUGAAGCUCAAAGUUAUGGUUGGGAAAUACAAGGUCCAAUUUCCUUUAAUUGGAGUUCAUUAGUUGAAGCUGUACAAAAUCAUAUAAAAUCAGUCAAUUGGGUUACACGUGUACAAUUAAGGGACAAGAAAAUCGAAUAUGUAAAUGGCCAUGGAGUGUUUGAAGAUAAUCAUACAGUCUUAGCUAAAAUGAAAGGUGGAAAAGAAAAACGACUAACAGCAAAAGAUAUUGUUAUUGCUGUUGGGGGUAGACCUAAAUAUCCUAAUUUUCCUGGUUGCAAAGAAUAUUGUAUUACAAGUGAUGAUAUUUUUUCUUUAAAUAGUCCACCUGGUGAUACUUUAGUAAUUGGCGCUGGUUAUAUAGGAUUAGAAUGUGCUGGAUUUUUAAGAGGAUUAGGUUAUCAAGCUACUGUUAUGGUUAGAUCUAUGAUCCUUAGAGGUUUUGAUAGAGAUAUGGUAAAUUUAAUUCAAAGUGAAAUGGAAGAUAAAGGUGUCAAAUUUUUAAUUGGAAAAAUUCCUACUAGUGUGAAAAAACAACCAAAUGGAAAAUUGCUAGUUGAAUGGAAUGGAGUUGAAAACAACCAAGCUGAAUUUGAUACUGUUCUUGUUGCUACUGGACGUAAACCGUUAUCUGAAGAACUAAAUCCAUCUUUAGCAGGACUUCAAACACAUCCAGAAUCAGGAAAAUUUGUGGUUAAUUUUGAACAAACAAAUGUACCAAACAUUUAUGCUGUUGGUGAUGUGAUUCAUGGCAAACCCGAGUUAACACCAGUAGCAAUUCAAGCUGGAAAAUUAUUGGCAGCUCGUCUUUAUAAUGGUAGCAAAGAACAAAUGGAUUAUGAUAAUAUUGCUACAACAAUAUUUUCACCACUUGAAUAUGGUUGUGUUGGACUUACUGAAGAGGAAGCUAUUGCAAGAUAUACUGAACCUAAAAUUGAAGUCUAUCAUGCUUAUUAUAAGCCUACAGAAUUUUUUAUACCACAGAAAAAUGUUAAACAUUGUUAUUUAAAAGUUAUUACAUUAGUAGAAGCACCUCAAAAAGUAUUAGGAAUGCAUUUCAUAGGACCACAAGCUGGUGAAGUUAUUCAAGGUUAUGCUGCAGCAAUAAAAGCUGGCUUAACUUUUGAACAUUUAAAAGAUACAGUUGGAAUACAUCCAACAAUAUCAGAAGAAUUCACUAGAGUAGCCAUAACUAAACGUUCAGGAGAAGAUCCAACACCACAAAGUUGUUGUAGUUAAAUAUUAGUCUAUAUGAUUAUUUACUUCAAAUUUAUAUUUUUUACUCUUAUUUUAUUUUAUUGGUAAAGGUGAAUCAUUAACAUAUUUAUGUUAUACACAAUUAAAAAUAUAUUUUAUAA